GCAGUGGGAAUGAACCCGGAACCAUGUGGCUGGUAAGCAAGGUAUUUACCACAUAGCCAUUCCUAAACCACCGUUGGUUUAUUUACAUUCCUUCUGUGUCUAGCGAAAGAGUCGGUCAUGUAACUACCAGACAAUUGUGGCUCGUAGAUAAAAUUAGUGGGGAUGCUGCUUCAGAAAAUUUCUGGCCAUUGUUUUAAUAUUGUGUAAAAUGUUCUUCUUUUCUCUUUCCCUCCUUCAUAUUCCUCAUCAAUUAAUGUCAAUUUUGGUAUGGUCACCACAGCUGGAUGCCCUUCCUAGCUCUAACAACUUUAUAGUGUGUACUGGGUACUUAUUUCUUGCUACCAGCACUUGUGGGGGGGUUGCCAAGUAACUUGUAGGACACAAAAGAAUAAGAAAAUGGGAAAGCUAUCUUCACUAAGUGGGGAGAGAGUAUUUUAGAAGUGAUUUUAUGUCAGGGAGAGGUGUUUCACUAUGGAGAAGAUACAUUGGUUGCCUCACAUUUAUUAUAAGGGUGGGUGAGAGUUUCUGAGGGUAAAAAUAUGAUGUUAGUGACGGGAUGCAAAAGCAAGACCCUCGACAACGUGCUGUACAGUAAAACCUCGUCUAUCGCGGGUGUUACGUUCCAAAAACCCCUGCGAUCUAGAAACCGUACUGUACUGUAUAUUUUUAAAAACUAUUUUUAUAGUUUGUAUAUAUUUAUUUUAUCAUAAAUGCAAAACAAAACCAUAGAGGAAUCGACGUAAGCUUAAAUAUUAAAAUCGCGAGAGAUGAACCACGAUAUGUAAUUAUUAUCUUUGUUGGUAAUAUAAAAAAAUUAUCGUUUAGAAAAAAAAAGAUUAGUAUUCGCCAAAUGUGUAAUGACGUAAGAUACACAAUAUCCGGAAUGUUAGUUCGUUUCGUUGAUUCUCCGUAUUAUUUUUUGAAUUGUCUUCAAUUUAUAUUUCCCGAUAGAUCGCUCCUUCGUCACAUUAAACACUGAUUUAUAUAUCACAACAGAAUAUCAGACAUCUGUGGCAUAAAGGAAUUUUUACUUCAGAUACAUCAUCAUCAUCAUUGUUUAACGUCCGCUUUCCAUGCUAGCAUGAGUUGGACGAUUUGACUGAGGACUGGUGAACCAGGUGGCUACACCAGGCUCCAAUUUGAUUUGGCAGAGUUUCUACAGCUGGAUGCUUUUCCUAAUGCCAAUUGAUUAUGUUUCAACACAAAAGGAAAAUGUUAUAGAUAUAAAAUAUAAUCCUGUUUAUAUAAUAUAUCUAUGGUGAAUAACUGUGAGAUAUCUGUUCUGAAUUAAUAGCAACAUUUGUUUUCCUCAUUGCCUGGAAUAUAUUUACUGAAGUAUUUCACAUUUUUAUUAAUAUUGGACACAUCUGUUUGUAUCGUCUUCAGAUGUUAAUGAGGAUCAGAGUUGAUGGGAAUAUAGCAAUAAAUCGACAUAGAAAAGAAAACAAGAAAAAUAUAUUUUGUGCUGGUAUAAGAAAAUAUCAUAGAACAAUGAGUCACGUGAGAAAUGUAAAGGAUGGCUUAUUUCCUGAAGGGAUGACAAAAGAAAAAGAAAAAUCAUUAUACCACUGUGAGACCUGUAAAAAGUAUUUUCCAAAUAAGGAAAACCUCACAAUUCACAAAUGUAUUCAUACAGGUGAGAAGCGAUAUCACUGUGAAAUCUGUGGUAAAUCAUUCUCUCACAACAGUAGCCUUAAUUAUCAUAAACACAUUCACACAGGAGAGAAACCACAUCGCUGCGAUAUUUGUGGUAAGCUAUUCUCCAAAAAGCGUAUCUUAACUCAACAUAAAUACAUUCAUACAGGAGAGAAGCCAUAUCACUGUGAUAUCUGUGGUAAAUCAUUCUCUCAAAACAGUAGCCUUACUUCUCACAAAUAUAUUCACACAGGAGAGAAACCAUAUCACUGUGAGGUCUGUGGUAAAUCAUUUGCUUUAAAGGGUAACUUAACUGCACACAAAUCCAUUCAUUCAGGAGAGAAGCCAUAUCCCUGUGAUGUCUGUGGUAAAUCAUUCUCUCUAAAAGGUAACCUCAUUACACAUAACAAUAUUCAUACAGGAGAGAAACCACAUCAUUGUGAUAUCUGUGGUAAAUCAUUCUCUCAAAUUAGCACCUUAAUUUCUCAUAAAUCCAGUCACACAGGAGAGAAACGAUAUAACUGUGAUAUCUGUGAUAAGUCAUUCUCCCAGAGAGGUGCCUUAACUGCUCACAAGUAUAUUCAUACAGGAGAAUGGCCGUAUCACUGUGAUGUCUGUGGUAAAUCAUUUCCUGAAAAGGGUAACUUAAUUAAACAUAAAUACAUUCACACAGGAGCGAAACCAUAUCAUUGUGAUAUCUGUGGGAAAUUAUUCACUCAAAUAAGUGCCAUAACUACUCAUAAACGUAUUCACACAGGAGAACAGCCCUAUCACUGCGAUAUCUGUGGCAAAUCAUUCUCUGUAAAAAGUGUUUUGACUAAUCACAAACGUACCCAUACAGGAGAGAAACCAUAUCGCUGUGAUAUCUGUGAUAAAUCAUUCUCUGUGAGAAGUAAUUUAGCUAAUCACAAGCGCACUCAUACAGGAGAGAAACCAUAUCACUGUGAUGUCUGUAAUAAAUCAUUUUCUCGGAGGAAUCACUUGACUAAACACAAACAUAUUCAUACAGGAUGAGAUUCAUAUAUCUGUGCUAUCCUUAUAUACUUAUUCAUAUUGAUCAAUAACAAUAUCAGUGGAAAAUAGAUGUCUUGGUAAAUAAAGUACAGCAAUUGUAUUACUUUUUUUUUUUUUUCCUCGCCCUUUUCAAGCCUAGCGAAGCUCACGGGCCCCGUUUCUAUGGCGUAUGUGUUCUCCGCAGCUGGACAGGACGCCAGUCCAUCGCAGUGUUACUCAAGAAACAGGAAGAAAGAGUGACAGAAAGUUCGGGCGAAAGAGUACUACAGGGGUCGCCACCACCCCCUGCCGGAGCCUCGUGGAGCUUUAGGUGUUUUUGCUCAAUAAACACACACAACGCCCGGUCUGGGAAUUAAAACCGCGAUCUUCCGACCGCAAGUCCACUGCUCUAACCACUGGGCCAUUGCGCCUCCAUGUAUUACUUUUUAUUGAAUAAAUAUAUUUUUUACGUUUUCCUCAUUUGCAUCAACCCACUAA